UGCCUCCAGCCACAGAAAAGUCAUUUUUAACAUUUGUAGUUGUUUUGAUCUGAGUGAGUCACAGCCACACUGAACUCCAUCUCCCAGGCGGCAUUGCGCGCGGUCUGUUUCUAGGUGUCUAGCAACGGUCCAGACAGCCGGCGGCAGCGGGAGCGGUGAUCCUCGGCGUCUCUUCCCCACGAUUAUCCGCCGCUGGGUGUUCACGGUUAAUGGUCGCCGGGCUGAAAUAGUGAGGAAUCAACCCUGAGCCCUGCGCAGAGAUAUGAGCGGCAGCGGGCGGCCCAGGACCAGCUCGUUUGCUGAGCCGCCAGGUGUUCCGGGAGCCGCCGCUGCGUCCGCCGCCGGAUCAGCCGCUGCCGUGGGGAGCAGCACAGGAAAGUCCGGGGUCCCUCAGGCCUCCGGCACCAGCUCGUCGGGAUGCUCGAACCUGAAGCUCGCUCGAGACAGCGGCAAGGUGACGACAGUGGUGGCCACACCGGGUCAGGGACCAGACCGUCCACAGGAAGUCUCUUACACUGACAUCAAGGUGAUUGGUAAUGGGUCGUUCGGUGUGGUGUACCAGGCUCGGCUCAUCGACAGCCAGGAGAUGGUGGCCAUCAAAAAGGUUCUGCAGGAUAAGAGGUUCAAGAAUCGUGAGCUACAGAUCAUGAGGAAGCUGGAUCACUGCAACAUUGUCAGACUACGUUACUUCUUCUACUCCAGUGGUGAGAAGAAAGAUGAAGUGUACCUCAACCUGGUGCUGGACUUUGUCCCUGAGACGGUCUACAGGGUUGCCAGGCAUUUCAACAAGGCCAAGAGCAUCAUUCCUAUCAUAUAUGUGAAGGUGUACAUGUACCAGUUGUUUCGCAGCCUGGCUUAUAUCCAUUCCCAGGGUGUGUGUCACAGAGACAUCAAGCCCCAGAACCUGCUUGUCGACCCAGAGACUGCCAUCCUCAAACUGUGCGACUUCGGCAGCGCCAAGCAGCUGGUCCGCGGUGAGCCCAACGUGUCGUAUAUCUGCUCACGGUAUUAUCGAGCCCCUGAGUUAAUUUUCGGUGCCACAGACUACACAGCAAACAUUGACAUCUGGUCAGCAGGCUGCGUUCUCGCGGAGCUGCUGCUGGGACAGCCCAUAUUCCCCGGAGACAGUGGAGUGGACCAACUUGUAGAGAUUAUCAAGGUUCUAGGAACACCAACACGAGAACAGAUCCGAGAGAUGAACCCAAACUACACAGAAUUCAAGUUCCCUCAGAUUAAAGCUCAUCCGUGGACCAAGGUGUUUAAGCCCCGCACCCCUCCGGAGGCGAUUGCCCUCUGCUCUCGGCUGCUGGAGUACACACCGGCCUCACGCUUCUCCCCACUAGAGGCCUGCUCACAUGCCUUCUUCGACGAGCUGCGCCAGCCCAACACGCGGCUGCCCAGCGGCCGAGAGCUGCCGAUGCUCUUCAACUUCAGCACCACAGAGCUGUCGAUCCAGCCGCAGCUAAACUCGACCCUCAUCCCUCCUCACGCCCGCUCUCACACAGCUGCUUCCGCCCACGAUGGCACCGGUUCAGAUUCAUCUCAACACAGUUCAGUACCAGGAUCUCUCAACAGCAUCUGAAGCAGCUUCUCACCUGCCUGCCUGCCAGCCCCACACACACACACACGCACGCACACUUGACACACACACACACACACACACACACACACACACACACACACACUACAGCUUUCCUCUGUGCCGCUUGCUCUCCUCUUAGAUGAUCUGUUUUUGUACAGUACACACGUUGAACAAACUCGUAGUUCUUUAGCUGCCAGGGUUGAAACUACGGCAGGAGAUUGUUACACACACACACAGAGUCGUCUUGCUGCUGCUCAGGUGGUAUGUGAAGGUUCAAUAGUAGGGGCUGGUCCUCUGUUAUAUAACCUUUUUUCUUUUUUCUUUUUUUAAAUCAACCUUUUCCCCCGUUUUCUUCUUUAUAUCUGUGUUUAUUUAUUUGACGAAUUGAAAUGCAUCAUGUGAGCUCACCACAUUUAGUCGCUACAGCUUUUUCUUUUCUUUUUUUUUUUUAGGCUUCUUCCAUGUUUUUAAAUCGCCUUUAGUUACGUGUUGGACUGCACGCUGCCUGACCAAGACUAGAAAUGCCCCCAAGUAGGUCAUCAGGGUAACGGAUGUUUUUAUCUCACUCGGGGCUGGAGAACUGAUGCAGGGACUGAAACAUUCAGAAAUCCUCCAGCCACAUUAUUCAGUAUAUAUAUAUAUAUAUAUACAUAUAUAUAGAUAUAUGUAUAUAUAUGUGUGUGUGUGUGUGUGUAGAGUAUACAGCCUGAUGUUUAAGCUCAAGUUAAAUCUCCAGCUGGUUUAUUCCCUGUUGAAGCGGCAGCACCAGGUAGCAUUUAUCAGUGUUCGGUUGGAGAUCUGUUGUAUUUGUCUCUGAUGUGAAUCAUGUUCAGUAGCUGUAUUUUUAGACUGAACUGGAAAUCACCAGACUCUGAGUAACAGCUGUUGCUUCUGUUUUAAUCCUGAACUAAAGACGACACGUUCAUAUAUU